ACAUCUAACACAUGUUCAGGCUACCCACGAUAUACAUCACAAUGGUAAUGGCCAGUAUGUACUGGUACAUCGUGCCAAUGUUGGUGCGGCCGAUAAUCAGGCUCCGCGUGCUUCCAGCGCUCCACCAGUUCCUCAAAAUCAGGACGCGGGCGUCCUGCUUCAGUGGAUGUAGAUUUGUUUAAUACACUACAAGACAUGCACAAUAAUACAGUUUGUAAUCCGCCAACAGCAACAACAGCAAAUGUCAACAAUACCACACAGAUUGUGAGACGUAAUGUGGCAACCGGCAAUAUAUACAUAGAAGGUAUUGGUGAUACCACAGCCACAGGUCUCGUAGAUGGUAGUGGCAAUUAUGUAGUAACAACUUCACCUGUUCAUGCUACAUCAGCUACAAUAGCAAGUGGUACAGGAGCAGCAGGUGUAGCUAGUCUUCUAGCUGGUGGUAACUUACGAUCAAAUCAUCAACAUCUCGAUAUAAGUGGUGGUAGCAGUAACAGUAGUAAUAGCUGUAACAGUAUUGGUAGUGGUAAUAGUCCAACUAACAACACAUCAGAUGCAAACAAUUGUGCCUGUUCCUUAAAUGCCAUGGUUAUAUGCCAACAAUGUGGAGCCUUUUGUCAUGAUGAUUGUAUUAGUUCAUCAAAAUUAUGCGUAUCCUGUGUGAUUAGAUGAAUUAUUGAUAAAAAUGACAAUGUUAAAAGUGUUAAAACAUUGAACAUUGACAAAAAAUGUCAACAGCAGCAACAUGAAGAAGAAGAUGUAAACAGUAUUCGCUCACAUAAUUAUGUAAUUUGUAAAUUACUACGAUAAUUAAUAAUCGCAUUGCGAAAAUGGUUUAAAACAAUAACAUUAUCGCGCACUCAGAAUUUUUAUUAAUAUUUAUUAAAUAUUCGUUCGUUACUUUGUGUUCUUUUCUUUUUUCGUUCUCUUACUUAAUUUAACAUUAUUUUUGUUAUGAAUUCUUUCGAAUUUGUUUAAUUUUUCCUUGUUUUUUUAAUACAUCGCCUUUUUUUUGCCCCACGUGAUAAAAUUUAAUGCCGGUUAAUGAUAAGAUCUAUGGCAUGAUUUAAGUAUAUAUCCUAGACUAUAGAAUAGUCUAUAGACAAAACUAUAGAAUUGUCUGUAGUCAAAACUAUAGAAUAGUCGAUAGUCAA